AGAUAUAUAGAGAGCUGUUAAGGUAUUGGCCCGUUGGUAAGGCCGCGUGUCUGACUUAUCGCCUUCUAAAUACGAGAGAGCUAUCAAGAGACUAGAGAGACAGGCAUGGAAAUGGGGUUUGUGAAAAAAUGGUUCAAGUGGUCACAGCUAGUGUUGGCCAUGUUGAUGGUGCAGAUAUUUGUGACAGGGAUGCAAUUGCUUUCCAAAGUUAUACUGAGUGAAGGAACCUUCAUUUUGGCACUCAUCACGUACCGGCACAUAUUUGCCGCCAUUUGUGUCGCCCCUUUCGCCUUCUUUCUUGAAAGAAAGAAAGAAAAAAAGUUAGGUUGGUGUGUUUGGUUCUGGCUCUUUGUCAAUGCCUUAACUGGUAUCACAAUAGCAAUGGGAUUGUAUUACUACGGCCUUCGGGACACCGCGCCUGCAUAUGCCACCAACUUCCUCAACUUAAUUCCGGUAGCUACUUUCGUGCUCUCCAUCGUAACCCGCAUAGAGAAACUGAACCUGCAAACUAGGGCAGGCAAGAUCAAGACUCUUGGGGUAAUUGUAUGCGUGGGAGGGGCCAUAACUGCGAGCCUUUACAAGGGAAAAGCGUUUUAUAUGUGCCAGCACAGUAAUCACCCUCAUCGAUACACUGUCAAUACAUCUGACGCUCAUUGGACUCGCGGCACCUUCAUGCUCGCGGGUAGCUGCCUGUCCUAUUCUGCGUGGUUCAUAGUCCAAGCUAGGUUUCUGAAAUUAUUCCCUUUGAAAUAUUGGGCAACAAUGUUAAUGUGCCUCACGGCAGCCGUGCAAUCAACAGUCAUAGGCUUAUGUAUGGACAGACGGGCAGCUUCAUGGCGGUUAGGGUGGAAUUUGCAACUCGGUACUAUAAUUUAUUCGGGAGCACUAAACACAGCUGCAACAUUCUGCUUACUUUCAUGGGCCAUCUCAGUCCAAGGACCUCUGUAUCCUCCCAUGUUCAACCCAUUGUCUCUAAUUUUGGUUGCCUUAUCGUCAGCUCUCAUACUCGGCGAAGAGAUCAGAACCGGAACCUUGUUGGGGAUGGUUAUGAUCAUAGUUGGGCUGUACUCAUUUUUGUGGGGUAAAAGAAAGGAGAGGAAAGCCUCAGCUUUGCCAGACUCACAAGCUCAGCCAGAACCGGCAAAAACAAACGAUGAGCCGGCCGCCACAGGGUCACAAUUGACAGCUGUUGUAAUGCCGACUACUUCACCAGUUCACUAUCACGGAGGUGGCGUUUGAGAGAUGUUGGAGGAAGUGGUGAUAAACACAGAAGAAAAAGCCUAGGGAUCUCAGGAUUCUGUUUCAAAUGAGAUCGAUUCCCAUAACUAAUUUUAAAUAAAAUGGUAAGUAAACUAAAUUUAUGUCAAGAUUUAAGAGAGACAGACAUCUGACGCCAUUAAGAGUGGAACAAUUCGUUAUAUAUCGUAAUUUAUCUUGUCAGUUCACGGGCGUAGGAUUUUGUAUUCUUAAACUAUUUAUGCAUCUCAAAACAUUAUGUAAGGAAUCAACAUACAAGAAAAUAAAA